GUGUCACCGCAGGCAAUGCAGCGCAGCAGUGGAUGAGCGUGUGCCCGUGCUGAAGGGAGUGUCACGUGUAUCGACCCUCUUGCUUUGCCGAGGGGUCGGUGCCCGUUGUGAUCCACUGGAGGAACAGAACCGGAGCACACACACACACCGGGUACAUUAGGUGCAGCAACAACGUUCCGCCGCCAGUACUCUUGACACAGCAGACAGCAGUAACAGCAGCAGGCUUGCUUAUCAAAGCACCAUGAGUGGCGACACGACCAUGUACGCUGCGGGCCUGGGCCUGAUCAUCCCCGUCGUGGGGAUCUCCGUGUGUCGGAAGCUAUGGAGCCACGGGCUCCGCGCUGCAAGGGGUCGAGCCGCUCCCGACGGAAAGGGCUUGCUGAACGUCUGGUUCCUCGGUCAGGUGUUGGUGCUGGGCGCAUCUUGCUACGCCUUCAACCAAGUGGCCUCCUCCAUGCAGACAGAAGCGGAGCAUUUCGACCCCUACCACAUUCUUGACCUGCCUUCGAGAGCCAACGCCACGGUGAUCAAGUCGCACUACCGACGGCUCUCCCUGAAGCACCACCCGGACAAGAACCCCGGCAACAGGCGCGAGGCCAACAAGAAGUUCAACCAAGUCGCCAAGGCGUAUAAGGCGCUUAGCGACCCGGAGGCGCGGCGUAACUGGGAGCAGUACGGUCACCCGGACGGGUACCAGCCGUGGACGUUCGAUCUCGCGCUUCCGGCGUGGCUUCGGCCUGGCAAGGACACGGACAACGGUACGCUGGUGCUCUACGGGCUGGCAUACAUGGCCGUGCUGCUAGGCUUUGUGCUGGGCGCCAAGGUCACCCUGGACUUGCUGGACCCUGCCGGGGGCGGCAAACAGCCCGAUUUCGAGGUCACCGACGAGGACGUCAAGGCCUUGCUGAGCAACCUGGACGACACAAGCUCGACGGCCGACGUGCUAGAGUGCCUCGCCGCCUGCCCGCAGCUGUGCUCCGCGGAGCGCCGGGUCCUGGCGGGAGAGAUGGAAGCCAUCACCGACCCCGUGCGAGACUGGCUCCUCGAGCGAGAAGGGGGGGCCCCGCCGUUGCGCGGCCCCCUUUCCUCGUCGCCGACCCCUCCCCCCCCGGCGGCGGCGGCAGCGGCAAAGCCAGCCUCACGGAAGGGGAAGGGGAAAGGGAAAGGGAAGAGUGGUUCCGGCAAGGGCAAGGGCGGCGAGAGCCCGGCUUCCGGAGAGGAACAGUCUCCCGCCGCUGCUGCAGCGGGGACGAAGGGCGAGGUAGACGGGGAGUUUUUCACGCAGGGGAGGAGGGGGGAAGGGAACCGCCGCACUGCUCGCGAGAGCCCGGAGCUCUCCCGGGUCGUGGCGCACAACCUCGUGGUGAUGCUGAGCGCUCUGCACCGCGCCCCGCCGCCGGACGCUGCCGUGGACGGGGGGGUAGCAGCAGCGCCAGGAGGCGGCGAAAAUGGAGAUGAUAAUGAUGAUGAGGGGAGCGCCGGAGGGGUUUCGACCGCAGGAGGCGGUGGCAAGGGUUCCCGGCUUCUGGCCGCCGUCUCCGCGGGCGGAAGGCUGGCCCGGGAGCAGGACCUGGUGUUCGGCCUCGCCGAGCCGCUCCUGGACGCCUGUAUGCAGGUUGCGGCGAGGCGGGCGUCGCCCCAGCUGCUGGGCACCGUGGUGGAGACGAAGGCCAUGCUGAGGCGCCGGCUGUGGUCGUCGGAGGACCCCGCGGCCCUCGAGCGGCAGCGCGAGGAGGUAGAUUUGGACUUGGACGCUGCUGUGCCCAGCAUCAAGGUAAAGAGCGUGGCGGUGGAGACGUGGGGAGAGAGCCAGGUAGCCGUGGGAGACACGGUCACCGCUACGAUCACCAUCGCCCGAGAGCACGCGCCGGAGUACCAGGGACUCCGCCGCAGGAGGCCGGAGGCUGGGUCCUUGAUCGCCAAGGGCGAGCCGUGGUGGGUCAUGCUCGCCGGAGGGAAGGGGGGAAGCUCGCUCAUCAGAGUGACUCCCAUGCUGGUGGAAAACUUGGGCAGCGGCAUCGCCGAGUGCAAGAUGAAGUUCCAAGCGCCGGCGCGCCCGGGCUUCGUGGACCUGACGGUUUUCGUCAAGAGCCCCGUCUUCGUGGGCGUCGACUGCGAGAGUACCACCAGAUUUAGGGUCUGGAGGCACGACGAGCUCAAGGAGGACGAUGAUGCAGGGGAUUGGUAGUAGCGUCACACACGCAACUGUCUAUAAUGUUGGUCGGCACGGACUGCUGCUGUUGACUGGUCGGUCGUGUUUGGGAGGAAGCUGAGAGCAUUCCGUUCUGUUUUUGUGACGCCUACACGGAAUGCGUCUGCAUCAGUUGGACCACAGCUGUGUAGCGAAUAUAAGAACGUACCGAGUAGAAACCGGAACGGUUUUUUAGUAUGAAGACAGCAGCAACAACCAUAUUAGUUAGGUUUGGGUGCAAGUGCUGUGGUGUCUUGGUAGUCUCCUGGGGCAUUUGCUCCCAGAUUCACCCGGCGGAGAGAAGAGAAGCCCUGAUUUGUGUUGUCUCUCAUGAAAGGUUUCGACAUGUCAAACAUGUGCGAUGGACUGCUUCGGGAGAUGACCGCUUCCACGGAAAAGGAUAAUAAAUAAUUAUCAACCGGAAGACGGAGUCUGAAGGUCGUAAGCCGAAACCCCAACAAAUCCGGUGGCGUCUCCAAUAAAUCCGGUGUCUCCAAUAAAUCCGGUGAUGUCUCAGAAGAUGCCAUCCGUAGUGUAGACUAUACCCCGGCGAAGAGAAGAGCAGUGAUGCCGUUGUUAAUACAACGCGGGCUCAUCCCUCGAUGCUGCGUGAGAAGUGGUUGCAUCUCGUGUGGAAAGAUUUUCCAGCGAUUGCGUGGUGUUGUGUCGAUGUUGCAGACCACUAUCCGCGGUAAACACACCGACAAACCUGGCGCACAUUCAAGACAAAGGCACGUUCGAUUCACACUGACAAGAGUCGGGGUAUGAGGCUUCGUGGGAUCUCAUGGCUUUUCGUCUCUCUUAAGUCUCUGUCGCCAUGGACGUGCAGACAACGGCGUGAAUCUAGGGGUGACAACGAUAAGCUUGGGUUUGUCGUUCAAUGAUGAACUCAUUGCGGCUGUAGUUGUUGUGGUCGUUGUUGUUGCUGCAGCUGCCGCAGCUCGAUGGU